UUGCCAUAAUACAACAUCGUUCGGUCGAACUGUCAAAACCAUUGUUUAUGUAAUUUCAAAAUAAAAAAAUUCCAAAUUGUUUUUAGAUUAUUCUUAUAAACUUAUAAUUUUCAUUUAGAAGUAGUGCAACAUAUAAAUUGCGAUGGGCACCGUACACGCGAAGGCAGACUACGGCGACAGCAUGGGCGAGGUGGGCGGGGCCGGGCUGUUUGAGUUCGAGGAGCCGCUGGAGAUGGACGACGAGCCCAUCUCCAAGCCCACCAUCAAGCUCAACGGAGUGCGGGUCAUAGUGCCGGAGAUCGUGUUCGCGCAAGCUCGCGUGGACCGCGUGCACGUGGACGGGCUGAACCGCACCAAGGACGACAUCAUCCGCAGCACCGUGGACGAGCUCUUCCACGCCACCGACUUCGAGGACGUCAUCCUGCGCGCGCACAAGGUGCGCCGCGCGCUGGACGCGAUGGGCUGCUUCCGCGACAUCGGCGUCUUCAUCGACGUCUCCUCCGGACCCGACGCCACGCCAGAGGGACUCGAGGUGACGUUCCAAGUGCGCGAGUUGUCGCGCAUCGUGGGCGGCAUCAACACCACGGUCAGCGAGAACGAAGGCAACCUCGUGCUCGGCGUGAAGAUGCCGAACGUGCUGGGGCGCGGCGAGCGGCUGCAGGCGGAGUACAGCAUGGGCUACCGCUCCUCCUCCAACUUCAGCGUCGCCGCCACCAAGCCCUUCCCGCACAAGCCGCUCGUGCCCGUGAUAUCGACGUCGCUGUACCAGCAGAACCACGAGUACCCGUGGUCGGGCUACAAGCUGCUGGACCGCGGCCUGCUGCUUGAUGUCGCCUUCAAGACUUCGCCCGCCACUCGGCACAACGUGCAGUGGGAGGGACUCGUGCGCGACACGUCGGUGCUCAGCAAGACCACCAGCUUCAAGGUGCGCGAGAGCAGCGGUCCUCAGAUGAAGUCGAUCCUGCGUCACAUCGUGUGCGUGGACCACCGCGACGAGCCGAUCUUCCCGACGCGCGGCAGCUGGGUGCAGUUCACCAGCGAGCUGGCGGGGCUCGGCGGCGGCGUCGCCAGCCUCAAGACCGAGCUGCACGCGCAGGCCAACGCCACGCUGCUCGACGACGUCGUGCUGCAGCUGACGGGGGCGCUGGGCGUGCUGCACGACGUGUUCGGCACGGAGAUCCCCGACCACUUCUACCUGGGCGGCCCCACCACGCUGCGCGGGUUCUCGCAGCGCGGCGUGGGCCCGCACCUGGACGGGCAGGCGACGGGCGGGCGCGUGUACUGGGCGGGCGGCCUGCACGUGUUCGCGCCGCUGCCCUUCCAGGCCGCGCGCUCCGGCCUCGGCGCGCUCUUCCGCUCGCACGUGUUCCUCAACGCGGGCUGUCUAGCCAUGCCGGAGGGCGCGGGGCUGGCGGGGCUGGAGGCGCUGCGGGCGGCGCGGGUGUCGUGCGGGGCGGGGGUGUGCGUGCGGCUGGGGCGGGCGGCGCGGCUGGAGCUCAACUACGCGGUGCCGCUGCGCGCUCAGCAGCACGACGUGCACUCCGCCGGACUGCAGUUCGGCGUCGGCGCUAACUUCCUAUAGGGAUGAAGACAGCGUAAGCUAGAGCGAGUUUUUAAAGUAAUUUGAGAAGUAUGUAAAUAGUAGCAACGUGAAGUAAAUCGUAACAUAUUUAUUGUUUGUUCGCCAUAAUGUGUCUGUCACACGUCGUGCGGAGCUCAACGCUCACAUAUAAUAAACUGUUAAGUUUUCUAA